AUGGCAAGUAGCAGCACCAACUUCCAAUCGGAGUCAGCUGUAGACAUAUCAUUCACUGAUAUUCUUUGCAUAUUUACAAACUAGCUCACUUAAAGGUUCACUAUUGCAGUGUUCUACGCUAUUCACCUGGGCGUUUUCGGAUGUCGUUUUAAGAGAUAAACACUACUCUCCCUCUUCGUCCCAUGUCCCACCGACCAAUCCACCUGCGUGCUGACAACGAAAUGCCGUACCUUCACAUCCUCCCGGCACCCCCUAUACCCGCCACGCUCGACGACGGCCAGUCCAUGUGGAUGUACAUCAUGAUACAUAUGAACGAACAGGACGACCAAAAGUUCGGCUGGACAGUCGUGACUAUGCCUUCUAACCCCAAGCCAGAUACCAUCGCCACCUUCUACUACAUCCGCCGGGAUGAGCAAGGCUGCACCCUAUACGAUCCCAUCAUGAAGGCCCUCAACCAAUAUAAGCAGCUAGUCCGCGACUGCAGGAGCUGCAUCAAAGUCUGCUCGUUGCCGAUUGAUUCUACCCCGGAUGUGGACAAGAUGCUAAGGGACGCAUUCAAGCCGGGGGGAGGACGAUGGGUACAUGUUAUACGGGAUCUGAUUGAUGCGCGUCUGAUCAGUGCCAAAGAGGGCGAGGGAUUGAAGGAGCAUUUGUGGGGGCCGAGUUCAACUUAUAUCGGAGUGCCCUUGGAGCUUCUUGAUCAAGAGCAGACUGCUUGGUAUACUCUUCGCCUUGGUGAGGUCGUAUAAGCGAAUCUGACAUCGAGCAUUAGCAACUGUUUACUUUAUGUGAGAAGUUUUGUCACCGC